UGCUUCCCAGCGGGCAUCCCUCCGCCUGGCAGACGGACCCCACCGCUGCGCUGGCAGGGUCGAGGUCUUCUAUGAGAACCGGUGGGGAACGGUGUGUGAUGACCACUGGGACCUGCAGGACGCGGCCGUGGUGUGCCAAGAGCUGGGCUGUGGCGCGGCGCAGUCAGCCCCUGGCACCGGGCGCUUCGGGAUGGGGUCUGGACCCAUCUGGUUGGAUGAUGUCAACUGCACGGGGACAGAGGUGGCCCUGUCCUCCUGCAGGACGAAGGGCUGGGGGAAGAACAACUGCCACCAUGGUGAAGAUGCCGGUGUGGUGUGCUCAGAUGCCUCCAGCCACCCCAUGACCAUCCGCGCUGGUCCCAUAGAGCUCCGCCUGGUGAACGGCCCCAACCGCUGCUCGGGAAGGGUGGAGGUGAUGCACAAUUCCCAAUGGGGAACCGUGUGCGACCGCGACUGGAGCAUCCCCGAGGCCACCGUGGUGUGCCGGGAGCUGGGCUGCGGGGCUGUGGCCUCAGCCUAUGGAGCAGCUCACUUUGGCCAAGGCUCAGGUCCCAUCUGGCUGGACAACGUUCAGUGCAACGGGAGUGAAGCCGCCUUGGCCGAGUGCUCGGCCCAGCCCUGGGGCAUCAACAACUGCAACCACGGGCACGAUGCUGGUGUCGUCUGUGCAGAUGAGGACAUUUCGAAGCAGCAACCGCUGCGGCUGGUGAAUGGCUCCAACAGAUGCCUGGGGAGAGUCGAGGUCUUCCACAACAAGAAGUGGGGCACCGUGUGCGACGACAUGUGGGACCUCCACGAUGCCACUGUGGUGUGCAGGCAGCUGGGUUGUGGCGUGCCUGUGUCGGUGCUGUACUGGGCUCACUUCGGGCCAGGGUCAGGUCCCAUCUGGCUGGACAGUGUCCACUGCAGGGGGACCGAGUCCACCCUCACCGAGUGCGAGCUCAGCAAGUGGGGAGAGCACGACUGCGGGCACAGCGAGGACGCCGGGGUGGUCUGCUCAGGCACCAACCCCUUGCAGCUGCGGGUGCAGGACGGCCCCGGUCCCUGCGCGGGGCGGGUGGAGGUGCUCUACAACGCCACGUGGCACGGGGUGUGCAGCAGCGGCUGGAGCCUGCUGGAGGCCGCGGUGGUCUGCAGGCAGCUGGGCUGCGGGCCAGCCCAGGCAGCACCCAUGGGAGCCCCGCUCGGCCAGGAGCACGGCCGGGCCAUGCUGGAGGGGCUGAGCUGCCGCGGCACCGAGUCGCUGCUCCUCGAGUGCCAGCACAGGCACUUGGCGCCGGGGCCGUGCCUCCAGGGCUCAGUGGCCACCGUGGUGUGCACCGAGACGAAAUGUGUUGUAGAUUCCUGUCCGGUGCUGGAAGGUCUCCUGGGCAUGGGCAUGAUGCUCUGCGGGACCCUCUUGGUCCUCUACCUGUGGACAAGGUGGGGAAGAUGGGUUGGACGCUCCCCAGACAACCUCCUCCUAAAGAAGACAGAGGACACCGGGACAUCAUUCGAGCCUCCUCAUUCCCACCCCUAUAACCUCUAUAACUCCUAUUCCCACCCCUAUAACCACUAUAACCCCUAUUCCCAUCCCUAUCACUAUAACCCCUAUUCCCAUCCCUAUAACCACUAUAACCCCUAUUCCCAUCCCUAUAACCACUAUAACCCCUAUUCCCACCCCUAUAACCACUAUAACCCCUAUUCCCACCCCUAUAACCACUAUAACCCCUAUUCCCAUCCCUAUAACCACUAUAACCCCUAUUCCCAUCCCUAUAACCACUAUAACCCCUAUUCCCACCCCUAUAACCACUAUAACCCCUAUUCCCAUCCCUAUAACCACUAUAACCCCUAUUCCCACCCCUAUAACCACUAUAACCCCUAUUCCCACUCCUAUAACCACUAUAACCCCUAUUCCCAUCCCUAUAACCACUAUAACCCCUAUUCCCAUCCCUAUAACCACUAUAACCCCUAUUCCCAUCCCUAUAACCACUAUAACCCCUACUCCCAUCCCUAUAACCACCAUAACCCCUACUCCCAUCCCUAUAACCACCAUAACUCCUACUCCCAUCCCUAUAACCACCAUAACCCCUACUCCCAUCCCUAUAACCACCAUAACUCCUAUUCCCAUCCCUAUAACCACUAUAACCCCUAUUCCCAUCCCUAUAACCACUAUAACCCCUAUUCCCACCCCUAUAACCACUACAACCCCUAUUCCCACCCCUAUAACCACUAUAACCCCUAUUCCCACCCCUAUAACCACUAUAACCCCUAUUCCCACCCCUAUAGCCACUAUAACCCCUAUUCCCACCCCUAUAGCCACUAUAACCCCUACUCCCAUCCCUAUAAUCACUGCGCAUCCAGUGAGAGCCCGAAGGAGUCCCUUCGCCUGGAAGGAGGUCCCAGCCGCUGCGCUGGUCGUGUGGAGGUGCUGCACAACGGGACGUGGGGGACGGUGUGUGAUGACGGAUGGGGCUCCCUCGAGGGCCAGGUCGUGUGCCGGCAGCUGGGCUGCGGGACGGUGCUGUCGGUGGCACCGGGAGCUCGGUACGGAGAAGGGACGGGGCAGAUCUGGUUGGAUGAAGUCAACUGCACCGGGGAGGAAAAGGACCUUUCGGAAUGCCGAGCGAGGCCGUGGGGAGAACACAACUGUCACCACAUUGAGGAUGCCAGCGUUGAGUGCUCAGAUUCCAUCGUGGCCACCCUGGGCACCCUCCAGCUGGUCAAUGGCCUUGACCGUUGUGCCGGGAGGGUGGAGGUGCUGCACGACCACAUGUGGGGCACGGUCUGCGAUGAUGGCUGGGACCUGCUGGAUGCGGCCGUGGUGUGCCGGCAGCUCGGCUGCGGCACGGCGCUGGCGGCCACCCAUGGGGCUCACUUUGGAAGGGGUCAUGAUCCCAUCUGGUUGGACGAGGUGAACUGCACCGGCACCGAGGACACGCUCUUCAACUGCCGGGCCAGCACGUGGGGCCACAACAACUGCUUCCAUGGGGAGGAUGCUGGAGUGAUAUGUUCAGGUUCGGGGAUGUCCGUGGCCACCGAGCUGCGCCUGGCCAACGGCUCGACGCGGUGCGACGGCAGGGUGGAGGUGCCCCACCACGGCGCCUGGGCAGCGCUGUGUGACGAGGGCUGGGGCCUGGCCGAGGCGCGGGUGGUGUGCCGGCAGCUGGGCUGCGGUGCAGCGCUGGUGGCACCCGCCAGGUCACGUUCUGGCCAAGGACCUGGGCAAAUGUGGCCCAACAGCGUGAGCUGCCUGGGCACCGAGACCGCCCUCUCCAUGUGCAAGGUGCAGCCCCGAGGCAACGGCACUUGUCACCACGGGAAAGAAGCUGUCGUGGUGUGCUCAGGUAACUCGGAGGGUGACCAGGUCCGGCUGGUGAACUAUGGCAGCCGCUGCGCCGGCAGGGUGGAGAUCUUCCACAACAAGCAGUGGGGGACCGUGUGCGAUGACAACUGGGACCUGGUGGACGCCGAGGUCGUGUGCCGGCAGCUGGACUGCGGGCGAGCGCUGUCGGCCCCGGGGAGAAGCCAGUUUGGGCGCGGGGACGGCAUCAUCUGGAUGGACGAGACGAACUGCACGGGCACGGAGAACGCCUUGUCCGCCUGCCCGGCCCGGCCCUGGGGCACCGGUAACUGCUACCACGGGGAAGAUGCUGGUGUGGUUUGCUCAGACUCACUGAUCCCGGAGCCGGCUUCGCUCCGGCUGGCCAACGGCUCGCACCGCUGCGCCGGCAGGGUCGAGGUGCUCCAUGAGGAGCACUGGGGAGCUGUCUGCGGCCAGAGCUGGGAUAAAUGGGACGCCGAGGUCGUGUGCCGGGAGCUGGGAUGCGGGACGGCGCUGCCGGCGUCGGAGGGAGCGAACUUCGGCACCAGCCCCCUGCGCGUGCGGCUGGAGAACGUGAACUGCCAGGGCACAGAGCUGAGCCUGAGGGAAUGCCCAGCGAGCUCAGGGGGAGACAGGAGCUGUGACCACGGGAAACAUGCCAGCGUGGUGUGCUCAGGCUCGGUUGUGUCCAGCUUCGCCCCGGUCCGGCUGGUGAACGGCUCCGGCGGCUGUGCCGGGAGGGUCGAGGUGUUCCACAACGGGAAGUGGGGGACGGUGUGUGAUGACAGCUGGGACUUCCUGGACGCCAAGGUGCUGUGCCGGCAGCUGGGCUGCGGCGCCGUGGUGCUGGCCCCGCACCGCGCUCACUACGGGCAGGGACAGGGACCCAUCUGGCUGGACAACGUGCGCUGCACGGGGACGGAGGCUGCCCUCUCCGAAUGCAGGUCCAAGGGCUGGGGCAUCCAUGGGUGUGAGCAUGGAGAGGACGCCAGCGUGAUCUGCUCAGGAUCAGGCAUUUCCGACCUCGGGAGCCUCCGCCUGGUGAACAGCUCGGACCCGUGCUCCGGGAGACUCGAAGUGUUCCAUGACCAGCGCUGGGGUGGGAUCUGUUCCGAUGGCUGGGACCUGGCCGAGGCCCAUGUGGUGUGUCAGCAGCUGGGGUGCGGGACGGCGCACGAGGCGGUGGGGUCCCCCCGCUUUGGGACAGGAGAUGGCCUCAUCUGGGUGGAUGCCGUGGAGUGCACCGGGACGGAGGGGGCCCUCUUGGAAUGCAAGGUGAAGUUGUGGGGCGCGGAGAGCUGCAGGUCGAGGGGACACGCCGGCGUCGUGUGCUCUGCAGCUGCAGACGUCGACCCGAGGAGCUCGGAAGCCUUGCGGCUGGUGAACGGCCCACACCGCUGCGCCGGGAGGGUGGAGGUGUUCCACAGCCAGCAGUGGGGAACCGUCUGCGACGAUGGUUGGGACCUGCUGGAUGCGGCCGUGGUGUGCCGGCAGCUCGGCUGUGGGGCAGCCCUGUCCGCCCCGGGGCUCUCCGGGUUUGGACAAGGAUCUGGCCCCAUCUGGUUGGAUGGGGUGAGCUGCGUUGGGACAGAAGCCACCCUCGCUGAAUGCCCGGUCAAGCCUUGGGGACAACAUGCAUGUAACCACGUGGAAGAUGCCAGCGUUGUGUGCGCAGACUCGGGCAUCGCCAGCAGCCCCCGGCUCCGCCUGGUAGGUGGUUUGAGCGAGUGCUCCGGGAGGGUCGAGGUGUUUUACGCCAACAAGUGGGGCACGAUCUGCGAUGACAACUGGGACCUGCGGGACGCGGCGGUGGUGUGCCGGGCGCUGGGCUGCGGUGCUGCCGUGCUGGCCUCCGGCUCCGCUCGCUUCGGAUGGGGAGCCGGCCCCAUCUGGCUGGAUGACGUGAGCUGCACCGGGCAGGAGACGGACUUCUUCCAAUGCCCGGCCAAGAUGUGGGGCAUCCACAACUGCCACCAUGGGGAGGAUGCUGGCGUGGUGUGUGCAGCAGGGAACUCCAGCUCCGCUGACCUGCGGCUGGUGGACGGGCCCCACCGCUGCGCCGGGAGGGUUGAGGUUCUCCACGCCGGGCAGUGGGGGACGGUGUGUGACGACGGCUGGGACCUGAAGGACGCGGUGGUGGUGUGUCAGCAGCUGGGCUGCGGCAGCGCCGAGGCAGCGCCGGCUCUGGCUCACUUCAAGCAGGGGACGGGGCGCAUCUGGCUGGAUGAUGUGGCUUGUACCGGCAGCGAGGACACGCUCGCCCAGUGCCAUGCCAGGCCCUGGGGACAGAACAACUGCAACCAUGGGGAAGACGCCGGCGUGGUGUGCUCAGGCGCCGGCUCCUGGAACAUGUCAUCGCUGCGGCUGGUGGACGGGCCCCACCGCUGCGCCGGGCGGGUCGAGGUGCUCCACGCCGGGCAGUGGGGGACGGUGUGUGACGACGGCUGGGACCUGAGCGAUGCCAAGGUGGUGUGUCGGCAGCUGGGCUGUGGAAGCGCUCAGGAAGCCCACGGCCACGCUCACUUCGGCCAGGGCACGGGGCACAUCUGGCUGGAUGAUGUGAGCUGCACCGGCAGCGAGGACACGCUCGCCCAGUGCCAAAGCCACCCCUGGGGACGGAGUAACUGCCACCACGGAGAGGACGCCGGCGUGGUGUGCUCAGAUGCCAACAUCACGGACACGGUGCAGAUUCGCUUGGCCAAUGGCCCGAACCGCUGUGCCGGGAGGGUGGAGGUGCAAUACAAGCAGCAGUGGGGCACCAUCUGUGAUGACGAUUGGGACCUGAAUGAUGCCAAAGUGAUCUGCAGGGAGCUGGGCUGCGGCACGGCCAUUGCGGCACCGGGACAAGCUCAUUUCGGGCCAGGGGUAGACCCCAUCUGGCUGGACAACGCCAAGUGCACCGGCAUGGAGACCACCUUCGCCCAGUGCAACCCCAGGAGUUGGGGACUCCAUAACUGCAACCACAAUGAAGACGCGGGAGUCGUGUGCUCAGGCACCAACCCCUUGCAGCUGCGGGUGCAGGACGGCCCCGGUCCCUGCGCGGGGCGGGUGGAGGUGCUCUACAACGCCACGUGGCACGGGGUGUGCAGCAGCGGCUGGAGCCUGCUGGAGGCCGCGGUGGUCUGCAGGCAGCUGGGCUGCGGGCCAGCCCAGGCAGCACCCAUGGGAGCCCCGCUCGGCCAGGAGCACGGCCGGGCCAUGCUGGAGGGGCUGAGCUGCCGCGGCACCGAGUCGCUGCUCCUCGAGUGCCAGCACAGAGACACGGCGCCAGGGCCGUGCCUGCAGGGCUCGGUGGCCACCGUGGUGUGCACACAGCCCAAGGGUGCUCCAUCAUCCUGCUUGGCGCUGAUCGUGCUGCUGGUGCUGGUGAUGCUGCUGAGCGGGGUCCUGCUGUGGCUCAUCCUCCAGAGAAGGUGCAUCGCAGCAGCCCAGGCUGGAGCCCACCAGCGCCUCAGGGACCAGGGUGCUCCAGCCACCUCCUUCCAGCCCAUGGGGGCCAUCUACCUCCCCACCACGGCAGGAGCCCCCGAGGACGACACGGAGAUGACGCAGCUCAUGAAGGAAGACCCUGCCCCAUGAUGCCAACCCCAAGCUCAUGCCCUGGGGGGGGGUCACACCAGGCUCUUGGUGUCCCCACUUCUCCUUCAUCCAUCUUCCUGAAGACUCAAAGCACCAAGUGAAGGGCAGGACAACUCCACAACCAGCUGGUACCAAGGACUUCUCUCAGGAGCCCCAAAACAAGUGGCCAAGGAGGGGGUCUCCAGCCUGGGGACACUUAUUUAACCCCCCCCCCCCCAAGUAGCCCCCGGGGCUCAGUAGGAGCCUGAGGAACCUGGUGGCCAGUGCAAGGAGCAGAAAGGGGGGUGCAAACCAAUUAAAAGGGGGACCCCAACCCUC